AUGAGAAGCGCCGGUCUUAUUUUGGCGGCCGCGGCGUCCGUUCGCGCCGCGUGCUCGUGGAAGAACGUCCACACCGGAGGCGGUGGCGGCUUCGUGCCGUCCAUCGUCUUCCACCCAACCGAGAAGGGAGUCGCAUACGCACGCACCGACAUUGGAGGUCUGUACAGACUGAACGCCGACGACUCGUGGACUCCCAUUACCGACGCCAACGGAUUUGCCGAUGACGCCAACUGGAACCGAUGGGGCAUCGACGCUCUUGCGGUUGACGCCCAGGAUGCGAACAAGGUCUACAUUGCUACUGGCAUGUACACCAACGACUGGGACCCCAAGAAUGGAACUUUCGCGCGCAGCUCCGACAAGGGAGAGACCUGGGAGACCACCACUCUUCCCUUCAAGGUCGGCGGCAACAUGCCCGGUCGCGGAACCGGUGAGCGGUUGGCUGUCGACCCCAAGAACUCGGAGAUUAUCUUCUUUGGUGCCCGCAGCGGCAACGGUUUGUGGAAGAGCACAGACGCUGGUUACGGCAGACUACAAGAGGCACUCUGCUAA